AUGAAAUUACUCUCUGCAAUCCUAGUCACCGCGGCACUCGCGACAGCGACACCUCUCACCGCCCGAGACGAACUCAUCACGGCACAAACCCUCAUCUCAGACAUCAGCAACAUCAACGCUGGCGUCGAAAGCCUCCGCAAAGACGUCGCCGCCUAUGAUGGUUCCCUAUUGAGCGAGACCCGACUCGUGGCAGACUUCACCGCGAUCCACCUGGCCAACAGGAAAGGUUUCCUCGACGCGAACCUCCGUCAAGCACCCUUCAACGCCAGCGAUUCGCACGACAUCGUACAGUUCACCAUCGAUAGCGUGGGCGUGAGCAUCCCCGCUGCGGUGGAAGAGACGAAGGCGAAGAAGGCGCUGUUUGAGAAGUCUGGGCAGGAUGCGGUGAUUGCGGGAACGUUGAAGGUGUUGUUGAAUGAUCAUGACACUUUUUCGGCGCCUUUGGUGGCCAAGUUGACGGCGGAUCUUGAGAGGGGCCAGGCGGUGGUUGCGAAGAUUCAUGAUUCUAUACAGAGCGGGAUUGAUUAUUUCAGUUCUUAA